CCGGUCAGGUGACCCGGCCGUCGCCUGGCAACGGGAAGCCGCGCCGCCUCCCGCGGUCCCCCACCGCAGCCCCGGAGCGCAGGCUCAUGUCCGAGGCGAGCCCCCGAGAGUGCGCGGUGGCUGCGGAGCCCCCGGCCCCCGCGCCGCCGGCCCCCGCGCCCCCGCAGAGGACCAGCGACUACUACCGCGUGGACGAGGACCUGCCGGCCAGGUUCAACAACCCGGCGUGGUUUCGGGGCUACGGGACCAAGCAGCCCGUCUCGCUGUACAGGACCAGCAACCAGGCUUACGGGAGCAGAGCCCCCACCGUGCACGAGAUGCCGAAAGUGUUUUACCCAAAUUCGAGUAAAUUUUCCAGACAACUUGCAGCUGGUGGAAUGUUCCGGAACACCACUUUCAACGUCUACACGGAGAAGAGCAUUGUGACGGGUCCCGACAACUGCAUUACUUCCUACGACCGGUUCAACUUCCACCCCAGUUACAACGUCAGCAAGCCGUCUAUCUGCGACUGAGGGGCCUCCUGAGGCCAGCAGGGCUGAUCUGAAGAGCUACCCCUAAUGUCUCGUCAUUUGUCCACUUGUGAAAGUAUAGACUUCACUGCUUUCCCUGAAAAUGGUUUUUCUCUUUGGGUUAGAAAAACACGCAGACGGGGCUGGAAUGCCCUAUUUGCUCUGUUUUACGUCUAAGAUGGAAAAGAUGCUCGUGGCUUGACUUUCCAUUAAAAACGUUGCCACACCCUGAAUCCCUGACUCAUUGGUGAUCAGGGAGCAGGACUGUGGGCGUCCUGGGCCCCGAGUCGUGGCCUGAUGCCAGGAAUGUCUGGGUAGCCCACCCUGUGUCUUUCCUGGGAGCCGUUUUAUACUCGUGACAAAUCACGGAGUGGGUUUCUGUUCUAAAGGGCCCCGGCGGAAAUCCGCACCAACUCUGCGAGGCCGCGGCGGGAGGGCCGGGUGUCCCGCCUGGGGCGAGGACAGGGGCCGCGCGGGGAAGACCAGCAGGAGUGCCGUCAGUGUCCUUGACCCACGCUGCCAGCUUGGAGUCCUGGCGAAUGUCCCGCAGCCGAGGGGCAGGCCCGGGAGGCCAGAUCUGUGGUGGGGGCGAUGGGUACUCGGGACUUCUCCCCUGGUGGUCGCCUCCAGUUUUCAGUAAGAAGUUAAAAAACCAGCAGGCAGGGAAUUACACACUUUUCUCCCUAGUUCUCAAUCUGUGUUUGCUAUGACGUCAUGGAUCCUCAGUGAGGGGAGUUUUUCUGUGCCGGUAUCUAUCAGACCUCGCUCUCCCCCCGUCCUUCCUGGGAGCGGGACGUGUUCAUCGUAGGAGGCCUGGGAAGCACGGGGUCUAGACGAAGUCAUUGUUCCCUCCCACGGGUGAUAACUCAUUCACAAAAGUUUUAGUCCCGUGAAAGUGAGAAGAAAUUAAACACCGUGCCUGGUUAUUUCUUCAUUAAAACCCUUUUAUUGUUAAUGCGGAAAAGUAAACGUCUCGGCAACAUUCUUAAUGUCCAAUUUGGGUUGGAAAUGGUUCCAGAGAAAAUGAAUACUGCUGAUAAAAAGAUGCGAUGCGGCGCCUGAGGCCGGGGUCUACGUGGUGUCCUUCCAGGGGGCAAAACCAGUGGACUCUCCAGGCAUCAGUCUGGAAAGUAGUUUGUAGAGCACUUCACAAAAAAUACAGGAAUACUGAGGACACUUCAG